UACGUAUUUAUUAUGUUAACUUAAUCCUGUAUUGCACUAUACAGACCAUGUGCAAUGUCGUCACGAUCUAACCCAAAACGUAAAGCGCAACUAAUAUUUAUGGGUCCAAAUCCAUUUUGCUGUUUUGGGCCCUAUUUUGCACCGGCGGAAAGCCUAUAUAUAGUCACUCCCCGGAAAUUAAUGUAAGUUAUCCGUUUUCAGUUUCUAUUUCGAAGAAAAGGCGUGUAGUCCUGAUAUUAUCGGGUAUUCAUAGUGUUAUAUGUAGUAAAUAAACAGAUAAUGUAUUUCCGGGCUUUCAUUCUAACUGUCCUUAUGUGCUGUAUUGGAGAUCUUUGUGAUGGGAGGGAGGUGAAAGAGGUCUUUGGAAGAGUAAAAGGAGAAGUUACACUGACUCCUAAAGUGAACCAGCCCAUCUCCAGCAUCACAUGGAAAAGUGGCCUGAACAAAGCAGCAGAGUGGGAAACAGGUCAAUCAACGCCUGAUUAUUAUACCAUAUGUAAACCCGGACCAAGGUGUCAACUGGAUCAUACAACUGGGGAGCUUAAAAUUAUGCAUUUAAAACCCAUUGAAAAACUGUAUUUCACUGCUGAGAUCAAUGGAAUGGCAGCUCAGUCAUUUUUUACACUGAUUGCACUUGAACCAGUGUCCAAACCCAGUGUCAGGAAAACCUGCAAAAAUACCCAGUGUACUUUGGAAUGUGAGGGAACGGACACCACAUAUACCAAGUACUCCUGGAAGGAGAACAAUGAGAUGAUAGCAGAUGAUACCACAACACUCCAUGUUCAGAAGAGUGAUAAGCUGGAUAAAAUCUACACAUGUGUGUUCAGUAACCCUGUGAGUACGGAGGAGAGUGACCCUGUCAAGGAAGUGGAAUUAUUUCCAGGUGGCUCCCGUGGUCGGAUCAUCGCAGGUGUCGUUUCAGCAAUAAUUUUCGUAGUAGCUCUAUGCUGUGUAAUUGGUUUAUGCUACGAGAAAAAAGUCAGACCUAAGACUCCUGAAAACCACCAGGAGGAUCAAUCCAAAAAAGGUAACAUCAUCUGUUUGUACUAGGAUUUGUGGUAAAACCUGCCCUACUGAUUUGUGGUCCUCUGUAAAUAACACUUUUGUUUAUAAAUAUAACUUCUUAAAAGAAAGCAAGUACAAGAGGUUUUUUUCCUUUUUCAAGUAACACUCACACAAAGGCAGAUCUUAAAUUUACACAUUUGCACAGAUUCUUUUGUCCAGAUCAACAUACAAGUGUGGCAAAUACCCCAUUGCAAACACACAGGAUGUCAAGGAGUUAAUAGGAUAUUAGUGCAGCUAUGAUGAGCUUCCAAUGAAUGCAGAGGUACAAGUGUAAGCAGUAUUGGGACAGGAGCUACACAACAACUUCUAUCAAGGCAAGAACCUAAUAAGACUAUUCAGUGACCAUAUGUGCACAUUCACAGAACAUAAAGAAGCAUCAGGCUAGUAGAGGAAUUCAUGGAAGAGAUGGAUCUUGAGACAUUUCUUGAAGGCAGAUUGGGAGUCUGAUGCCCCGUUAUGCUUCAACAGCCCAUUCUACCUGGGAACCACAAAAGAGAACCAUUGUGAGGGUCGGUGCCGGUCUGGCCCUGUCUCGUGUGUCUUAUUUUCGUUUGGCCAGCUGUUCCAGUUUGGUGUUCCCCUAGUCUUUAACUCUUUCCUGGGCCAAUGCAUAGCUCCAUGGGUUUAGUGUGUGGUUCAGAGGCUUAUGGUCAUCUGGUUAUGAGUUUGGGGCUGCUUCUCUCAUCUUAAAUUAUUGGUUUUAUUUUAUCCUUUGGUGUCUGUACGGUUUUGUUUUGUUGUGUUGUUAAUGGUUAUUCGGCCCGUGCCUUGGUUAGUAUGUUCUGUUUUACUGGCCCCUUGAUUCCUCCUAGUGUUGUUAGCCCCCUGUGUUGUUACUAUUCCCUAGUCAUCGCUGCUUGUUAUUUGUAAUUCAUUGUACCGUUUUUUGUUGUCCCGUGCCAUUUCUGAUUGGUUGUCUUCCUGAUAGUUAUUCCCUGUUAAGUUAUUGAAGUCUUCCUGUGUUUCUCCCUGCCUUUAGUAUCAUGAUUGCUUUACUUUCUGAUUCACUAUUUGUUUUUGUUAAAUAAACCCUGAUUUAUUGGAGUUUCUACAUGGAUCGUCCUUCCGCCAUCAUGCCCCACCAUGAUAACAGUCUGGAGUGACCCUUCUUGUGUGGUGGAAGGAACUCACCUUCCAGCAUUGGCUUGCUGACUGAAGGCGGAUUAGAUGGGACAUAGGUCAUGAGGAGCAUGGGGUGGGGUACCUGUUCAUUGUGAGACCUGUAAGCCAACACCAAUGACUUGAACUUGUGUAAAUGGGGAGAUGGUGUAGAGACAAGGAGGGCUGUGACAUGAGAAUGCUUGGGCUGACUGAAUAUCAGAUGUGCUGCCACAUUUUUCAUCAUCUGCAGUGGUCUGACAGCACAAGCUGGCAGACCUGCUAGUAGAGAGCUGCAGUUUAGUCUAGUCGUGAGAUAAAUGCUGGACUAGAAGCUGAGCUGCAUAAUCAGACAGAAAAUCCCUGAUCUUCCUGGUGUUAUGCAAGGUAAACCUGCAUGACUGAGAAAGCAGUGUUAUGUGCUCAGCAAAGAACAACUGGUUAUGUAUCGU